AUGGAGGGGCACGGGACGGCUGCGGCGGAAGCGGCGGCGGCGGAAGCAACAGUGGGGGCGGGUGCAGAGGUGGAGUGCGAGGUGGAAGAAGCUAUGGCGGCGCCCAUAGCGGCCAUGGCGGCGGGGGGCGCGGGCCCAGCCGUGCUGCAGGUGGCUGGCCUCUACCGGGGCCUGUGCGCCGUGCGCAGUCGCGCUCUGGGCCCGGGCCUCGGCCUGGGGCUUGUGGGGACCGAGCAGCUGCGGCUUUUCUCCGUGCGCCGUGGCGCCGGGAGCAGCGAGGCCGAGCUGGAGAGCAACCCCUACUAUGACAAGUACCGGGAAAAGAUCCAGCAACUGCGCAGGUCUGAUCCCGCUGCCUUCGAGUCCCGCCUGGAGAAGCGGGAUGAGCUGCGGAAGCGGCCGGUAGGACACUCCAAGCAAGCCGACUUUAUCAAGUGUGUGGAGCAGCAGACGGAUGCCCUGGGGAAACAGUCUUCGAAGAGAGGAUUCACUAAAGGCAAGACUCUCAGCUCAAUCUUCAACCUCGAGAUGGUGAAAGAUAAAAGUGGAGAAGAGAUCCAGCAGAUUUGGCAGCAGUAUUUCGCAACAAAAGAUACCAUCUACGCUGUUAUCCCUGCAGAGAAGUUUGACUUGAUCUGGAGCCGGGCCCAGAAUUGUCCAUCUUUCCUGUGUGCACUCCCAAGGAGGGCAGGUUACGAGUUCUUUGUGGGACAGUGGUCAGGGUUCGAGCUCCACUUCACUGCCCUCAUAAACAUCCAGACUCGAGGGGAGGCAGCGUCGAGCCAGCUCGUUCUAUACCACUUCCCCGAGCUCAAGGAGGAGAAGGGCAUCGUGCUCAUGACAGCAGAAAUGGACUCCACUUUUCUGAAAAUCCCUGAGGCUCAGUGCAUCGCCAACCAGGUGCAGCUCUUCUAUGCCACUGACCGCCAGGAGACUUAUGGCUUGGUAGAGACCUUUAACCUGCGACCCAGCGAGUUCAAAUACAUGUCCGUCAUCGCAGAACUGGAGCAGAGUGGGCUGGCAGCUGCACUGAGACCCUCACGAGGACCAGACAAAGCCUAGAGCUGGGGCCGUUGCACUGAUGGUGGUGGUCAGUCCUGGAAAGGGCCCAGGGAGCCAUCAUAAACACACACACAUCGACGUGCACACGUACACACGCGCUGGACUCCUUUUGUGCGCUCCCCAGGAUGUUCUUGUGGGGAGGGGGAUUCCAGAGUUUGUGCUUGGUGCUGGGUCUUCAGAUCUCCCAGGGUGAGGUCUUACGAGAAUUCUCUUUUGGCCUCCUUAGGCUGUCCUUGAGAAGUGAGUGGAAGCCAGGUCAGCGCCGCUCGACAGGACAGUUGGCUUAACAUCGUUAACAUAUUGCAGCAUCAAAAUGUGACACUGUAGUUGCAUGCCAGUGGUUUUGACGUUACAGCCCCAAAGUGAUGGCAUUGUCAUUUAUGUGAGGUUUGGCAGAGGGGACACUGGCCUGCCCACCGUGGCCUCGUGUGUGGCUUUCCCACGUGUGGCACACUUGAGCAGACCAGGCACAGGCAUCUCCCACGGGGGCUGCCCAUGUCAUCCAGAAGUAUCCACAUGGUUUAGUUGGAACUGUGCCGGACUGGCCCGGGUGCCCCUCUUGUGACCUCCAGGGCUGGCACUUGGUGGAGACAGCAGGCAGCAUCCCCCCAGGUAGUUAUGAUGCCCCCGAGAGGAAACCAGAGUGUGCUCCUUCUUCUCACCUGCCCUUUAGAAACACUCUCCAGGCCAUGUGUGCGUAGAAGGGGUGAAUCAGUACAGUCUGAACAGAGACAUAGAUAUAAAAAUGGGCGCCCAGUCCUGAAUCUCAGGGUGGUGGUCCCCAGCUUGGAGCCCCAUAGGUGUUAGCAUAUGAACAGCAGGGCAUGACUUCCUGAGUGAGCAAUAAAACCGCUUCUGGCUCUCCAGCCUUCUUA